AUGAGGUCCAUCAUCACCCUUGGCGCUCUCGUCAGCGGAGCAGCCGCGCAAGCCGGCGCCUGGGCCCAGUGCGGCGGCUCUGGCUGGACCGGCGCAACCACCUGCGUCUCCGGAUACACCUGCACCGUCUCCAACCAGUGGUACAGCCAGUGCCUUCCCGGCUCCGGCUCCAGCAACCCGCCGGCCUCGACGACCCUGGCUACCUCCGUCAAGCCCACCUCCACCACGGCCCCCGGUGCCGGCAGCUGGAGGUGGUUCGGCACCAACGAGGCCGGCGGCGAGUUCGGCGAGAAGACGCUGCCCGGCACCUGGGGCAAGGAGUUCAUUUUCCCUGAUCCUGCCACCAUCACUACCCUUCGCGGUCAGGGCUACAACACCUUCCGCGUGCAGUUCAAGAUGGAACGCCUGACCCCAACCGGCCUGACCGGCGCCUUCAACACCGCCUACCUCGCGAACUACACCGCCGUUAUCAACCACAUCACAUCCAGCGGGGGCUGGGCCGUGCUGGACCCGCACAACUACGGGCGCUUCAACGACGCAAUCAUCACCGACACGGCGGGCUUCCAGACGUGGUGGAAGAACUUCGCGACGCAGUUCAAGGGCAACGACCACGUGAUUUUCGACACGAACAACGAGUAUAACACGAUGGACCAGACGCUGGUGCUCAACCUCAACCAGGCGGCGAUCAACGGCAUCCGCGCUGCGGGGGCGACGCAGUAUAUCUUUGUGGAGGGGAACCAGUGGUCGGGCGCGUGGUCGUGGACGACUGUGAAUGAUAACAUGAAAGCGUUGACGGAUCCGCAGAACAAGAUCGUGUACGAGAUGCAUCAGUACCUCGAUUCGGAUAGCUCCGGGACGUCGGAUGCUUGUGUGUCGACUACGAUUGGUGUGGAGAGAGUGACUGCGGCGACGACCUGGCUGCGGCAGAAUGGAAAGAUUGGUAUCCUGGGAGAGUUUGCCGGUGGCGCGAACACGCAGUGCCAGACUGCUGUGAAGGGCAUGCUGGAUUACCUCAAGGCGAACAGCGACGUGUGGACUGGCGCCCUUUGGUGGUCUGCCGGCCCUUGGUGGGGCGACUACAUCUAUUCUUUCGAGCCUCCCAGCGGCACGGGAUACAAGUACUACAACAGCCUGCUCAAGACCAGUGACGAGACCAAGAUCAACGAGCGCUGGCACCGCGGUGAGCCGUAUUCCAUGGCUCAUCGACCUCCAUUUAUGCUAUGGCUCAAAGUGACGUGGCUCGAUAUUUUGACGAUGAUAGCUAUGGGCGCCAUCGCUUUAGGUGUAUUCCGAGCCCACCCUCCGGCUCACCGACUAUUCCCUGUUACCUUCGAGGACGGCGAAGUCGUGUACCCUCAGUUCGCUUACCCUGCCAUUCCGCAAUAUAUCCCCAGCCAUGCUGCAACUGCGCUUGGCGUUGGCGUCCCGAUACUGGUCAUACUCCUCUGCCAGAUUCAAAUUCGCUCGUUCUGGGACAUCAACAACGGUAUCAUCGGUGUGCUUUAUGCGCAACUGGGAUCGGCCGUGUUCCAGGUCAUGAUUAAAUGGUUGAUUGGAGGCCUGCGCCCAAAUUUUCUCGAGGUUUGCAAACCCGACAUCAGCAAAGCCUCCCAGCCAGGUGGCAAUGCGACUGGUCUCGACGGCACAGGCUAUGGCGGUAUCAUGUAUACCUACGACAUUUGCACCACCGAGAUGGGAGGUUCCCUCUCCAACGCAUUGGAGUCAUUUCCGUCGGGGCAUACAACAUCCAUGUUUGCCGGCAUGGUUUAUCUGUACCUCUACCUCAACGCCAAGCUCAAGGUGUGGUCCAACUACCACCCAUCCAUGUGGAAGCUGAUCCUUACCUACGCCCCCAUCCUCGGCGCCACACUUGUGGGAGGCUCCUUGACCGUUGACCAGUCCCACAACUGGUACGACAUCUUGGCCGGCGGCUUGAUCGGUACGAUGUUCGGUUUCUCGUCAUACCGGAUGGUGUAUGCCUCGAUCUGGGACUGGCGUUUCAACCAUAUUCCUCUCCACCGUAAGAUGCCCCUCGAAUACGAUCUCGACUCUUUUGGCGACGGUCUGGUCGCCACCCGUAAGGCAGGCUGGGGCAAAGGACGGGGAGGAAAGCCCUACGGUACCAACAAGAUGGUUAGGACCCGGUACAGCACUAGCAGGGACGGUCGUGGAGUUGGUGUUCCCCGUAAGGCGGGCAAAUCGUCGUCCUUCAGCCGGCUGGUCCUUUUCACCCUUGCCGCACUGGGUGCUGCGAACCCCAUCAACCCUGGUGGUCGUGACGCCGAGCGGCCGGCCCGCAGACACAUCGGCGGCGUCGGACACCUCGCCCGCGCCGUGAUGGCGCCCCAGCAGGCCAAGGUCGAGGUCCGCUUCGCCGGGCCCGGCGGCGGCGGCCCGGGCAACAACGGCUCUUGCGAGGACGACGGCAGCGACGUCGGCUCCAAAGCCGACCCCUCCACGGAUAAGUCCAAGGAUAAGUCCAAGGACAAGACGAAGGACAAGAGCAAGGACAAGAGCAAAGACAAGAGCAAGGAUAAGAACAAGGACAAGAACAAGGACAAAGGCAGCGGGUCUGGCUCCGGCUCCGGCUCCGGGUCUGGAUCUGGAUCUGGAUCUGGAUCUGGUGGCAGCAAGUCCGGGGGAGGCAAGUCAGGCGGCAGCACCGGCGGUGGCGGUUCCAGCUCCGGCGGCGGCGGCGCGUACCUUGGAGGAGGCGGCUCUUCUGCGAACAACGGCACGACCCCAGGGGGUGGUGGCGGCAGCAGCGGUGGCGGCGGCGGCCUGCAGAAGACGUUUCCCACUCCCGCGGGCACCGAGAACCUCUCUGCAGUCAAGACAAUCACCGGCGUGUUUGACGGAGGCAUGAAGCUGUUCGACCGCGUCCCGAGCACCUGCACCGGCGGCGAAGGAAACCGCAACGACGCCGCCUUCAUCCUCGAGGACGGCGCGACGCUGAGCAAUGCCAUCAUUGGAGGCGGUGCCGGCGAAGGUGUCCAGUGCGUCGGCAGCUGCACGCUCGAGAACGUCUGGUGGGACAAGGUCUGCGAAGACGCAGCGACCUUCCGACAGACGGGCGGCAAGUCGACGGUCCGCGGCGGCGGCGCGCGCGGCGGCUCGGACAAGGUCUUCCAGCACAACGGCGGCGGCGAAGUCGAGGUCAUCGACUUCUACGCCCAGAACAUCGGCCAGCUGUACCGCUCCUGCGGCAACUGCAAGGAGCAGACGGCGCGCACGUCGACCUUCACCAACAUCUACGUCGAUGGCGCCAAGACCAUUGUCCACGUCAACGGAAACCUGGGCGACAAGGCGACUGUCAACGGGGCCUGCAUUCUGGGCGGUGCUACCGUGUGCAAGAACUCCAAGGGCGUGACUGGCGGCGGCGAGCCUGGGGAUGCGCCUAAUGAUCCCAACGUCUGCUCCGAGACCAAUGUCAAGACUUCUGGCUGUUAA